CCUGAAUGAUUUUUGAAUCUCACCACCAUGUGUAUCGCUAAAACAGUGUCGAGGCAAUAUUCUAAAACACACGUAAUUAAAGUGGUCAAAAAGGUCCAAUCUUUUUAAAAAUAUCACAGAAUUGCGCUCCUAUUUGGCGCCAAGGAGUAGAAAAAAGCGCGAUCGAAUCAAGCAUGGACCAAGUUAUCAACCAGCGUUUGCUUCCAGGCACAAAGAAUACGAGUUCUUCACUUUUCUUGUCUACAGUAUGAACUGAAAGAGUUUUCCAUCUGACGACAGAAUUGAUUAAAGAAAACCAGGAAAUCGCGGAAUGCAACGACUUUUGUCAACAGUUUUGGUUGCACUUGUAACUCUCUUCGGAGCCAUUUCCUGGCUCCGUCAAAAGCAGUUACACAGCGAGCAAGCUUUGCACGAUGGUGGGAUAGAUGUGAUCGCCAUUCGUCAUUUAGACCAGACGAUCAUGACGCCAUCUCCUUAUAAUGCGUCGACGAAUUGCCUUGACCCGAAAAAUCGAUCCGCUUGUACUACUUCGAGAGAUCUGCGUUUCACCCGAAGCCGAGAUAAUUUGGCGCCCAUUAAUACUAGCACUUUUCGAAUGAAGCUCUACUGGGAACCAGGUUACUUCUGGCAGGAAGAAGACUACGAACGUAAGUGGUGCUGGAUGUGUGUUGACAUGUGCAACGUGAGCAGUUCUAUACAGGUUGUCAACUGCGAUGACGACGGGGGAUUGGCUGCUCCUGAUCGUUUCCGCUUUAUCCAGCAACGGACAGCAAUGGAGGUGCAGAUUCAAGAAAUCGGGAGUCGCCUUUGCCUGCAACGACAGAAUGAUCGCGUGAUUACUUUACAGUCUUGUAAUGUGGCUGAGGCUAGCCAACGCUUUUUUGCGAGUAGCGGUCGCUUCGCGUGGGGACAGCGAUUUGAAAUCACUCCCCGCGGCCUUUCUGGUGAGUGCAUCACUCAGCGGCACCAUCCCAAGGCCGGAGAGAUUCUAGAAGUGGAACCAACUAUUACGGCCCGCAUGUCGGACACGUCCUAUUGGAAUCUGUAUUAA